UGAAAUUUUCAUAAAUAUCCCCUGUUUCUCUGCUACUCUCAGAACCACAGUUAUUAUUCAACUAAUACUAUUGCAGAAAUGUCUAGUUCUAUUGCUCCUACAUCCUCAAAUACUUCAUUGUGUGAAUUAUUGACCUGGCAGAACCCAAUCAAGACCGGUAAAGUCUUUGGAUCCCUCAUUUUGGGAUUGGUGGUGUUCAAGAAGGUUAACUUAAUUAACAUUGUUUUCCAUUUGACUUACAUCGCCUUGUUAUUUUCUGCUGCUGCCGAAUACGCCGGAAAGUUGGUCACUGGUGAAGGAUUUGUCACCAAAUACAAGCCCACCAGUAAGGCUUAUGCUAAAACCGUCAACGAUACCAUUUUGCCUGCCAUUGGUAAAGGUGCUUCUUAUGCCGAGGACGUGACCAAUAAGGUCAUUUACAGUCACGAUAUUGAAACAACCUUGAAGGCUGCUGGUGUCUCUUAUGUCUUGUACAAGCUCACCUCAUGGUUCUCCGUCUUUACUUUAUUGACCACUGCCCUCGUUCUUGCAUUCACUUUCCCAGUGGUGUACUCCAAGAACAAGAAAGAAAUCGAUGCUGCCGUGGCGCAAUUCUCUACCACUGCCAAGGCUAAGGUUGGGGAAUUCUCGAAAUUGGCUCAAGAUAAAGCCGCUCCUCACGUUGAGAAUUUGAUCAAGAAGUCCGGCCCAGUCGGCAGCUUUAUCAAGAGCAAGAUUCCAACCAGAACUGCUGGCUCCACUGUUGGAGCUGACAGAUCUGCUUCUUUUGAAGCCGAAAAGCCAACUACUGCCACCACUACUGGUGCCUCUUCUUUCCCUGAAGUCCCAACCGAUUCUAUCAAGGACGAUAGCACUUUUGAAGACUUGGUCGAAGAAGCUAAGACUGCUGGUGUCAAUGCUGCCCACCAAUUGUAAAUGUUGUUGCGGUUGCCCUUGAAGCUUAAGUUGGACCAAGUCACAGAAUACUGAAGCACUGUUAUUUGUACCGUUUAUUUAUCAGCUUUAAGCUUUUUUUUUAUUCGUUUUGUAACUUUUCCUUAAUAUAGCUGUCUAUAGACCUCAAAGGUUGAGAGUUGGUCUUACAAUUCUUGGUUACCUUUGGGUGAUUAAUAAAUAUUGUACAAGGUUCAUACCUAUAUAGUGGGUGUUGGAAGUCUUUUAUAACAAGCUACCCACUUGGAUCCCUUGUUACGAGCAACCUUUUGUCCUUCUUCUGUAGCGUUGUACAUAAUCUCCACGCAUUUGUCUUGGGCUUCCCACUCUUUAUCUAAUCUUUCAAAUAAGGGAUGGUCUUCCAAAUGCUCCACCAUCCACUUGUGCAAAUCUUCAACAUCAGUGAUAGUGUAUAUAAUUCCUCCUUCUCUUAACGCAUAGGCAUAUUCAGAUAACAAAGUGUUAGUGAUGAUUCUAGCCUUGUGUUUACGUUGCUUGAAAUGAGGGUCUGGGAAGCAAAAGAACAUCUUGGAUAAUUGGCCCUUCUUGAAGAAGUUGGGUAAAAACUUCAUGGCAUUUCCUCGUAUGACAGCUAUAUUCUGGUAGUUCACCUUUUGUUUCUUGUGUUUUUCUCUUAAUGCUAUGAUUCGGUCUUCAACGUACUGAGAAACUUGCACUCUGAUUUCCAUCCCCAAAAGUAGUUUAUCUGGAAACUCUUUGGUUAAUCCAAGAAGUAACCCACCAUAUCCACAUCCAAUAUCGGCUAUUUCGACAUCCUGGGUCAUCUGAUUGGUUUCCUUGUCAUGGUAAGCAGGAUAGAAUUUCCCCCAGUCCAUCGAUUCGGGAUACUUGGGGUAAUCUAACCGGUGGUCACUGAAAGGGUUGGAAUGAGCUCUCUGUCUAUAGUAUCUCUUUCUAGGUAAAUCCAACUUUUUCUUUUUGGUCUUUGGUUGAGGCUCGAAACUGACCUCUUUUGCAUUUUUUCUGAUCACCUCUUUACGCUCUCUAUACGUUUUUCUCUUGGAAUCAGCCUCUAACUGCUGUUCCUUUUGUGCUUUUGUAUCAGGUUCAGCCAUGAUCGAUGAGAUGU